GAUGGUGCCUUGGUAUACCAAAUAUCUGGAUAUACACCAUGGCGGUUGCUAUUGUUGCGGUAAUUCCUUCAUGAAAUUCCUUCAUGGUUAGCCGCAUGAAGCAGGUACAACGCCGGAGCAUUACGUUCGUGUCUAUUUUCCCAACUCGUCUCGGUCCCUCAAGGAAAGUUUCGAUCGUUUUCAUUCAUUGCUUUCCUUCGUUAGUCUCGAGUCGAUUAUACUUAGUCUUAUCAAUCCACAGCCUUCAUCUACCAUGUCCGUCAAAGGAACCGUCCAUAUGUCAAUGGUGCAGCCAUUGAAGCCCCAUAUUCCAACCCCAGUUCGAUGCAUUAUCGAGAACACGGUGGUUUCCGUCAGUCGAAUCUUCGUGGAUGAAUCCUCCCUCAUCGGAAAGAUACGCGGAUAUGGCUUGUUUACUACGGACAAGAUCGCUGCGUACACCGAUGUCUUCCGCACGUCCAAUCCGGCAACAUGGUGUGUCAUGCCCCAAGUCUUCAAACAAGCCUGCGACAACUGCUUCGCCGAUAGAGCGAGAGACGUCGGGCAACUGGACUACCAACUGGAUCCGACUAAUAAAAUGCAACCACUUAUCCCGUGCGAUGGCUGCAAGAGGGUAUAUUACUGCGAUGAUUUCUGCCGGAGGGCGGCUUGGGACAACCAUCACAAGCGAGAGUGUCAGUACUUCCAAGAGGAGAGAUGGAAAUGGAUUUGCGUCAACCAGUUCGCGAAGCUCGCACGAUUGGUGAUGCGCUUAUACUCCUCCGAGGCAUCAGAAGAACAAAUAUUUGCGCUAAGGGGCCAGCUGCCAAUGCACCCGAGCCGCUUGCAACGUUACUUAAAGAAUCCUAUUUUCACCCAAACCAUACGCAUUUUGACUGAGACGAUGGCUCACCUUUGCCGAGCUGAGGGGCGGCUUCCACUUUCUUGGCAAGACUGCACAAGAUUGGCCAUCAGAGUGAGAUCAAGUUUGCGUUUCGACCGAAAACCGAAGCUGAUCAUUGUGAAGCUGGACAGCUUGGUCCGCCUCUACAGGCUAUCGCCGUGCCACCAAUUCCAUAUGACUUAUCGGAUUGACCUCACCAUGAUUUAUGUCUGUCACUCAUGCGAUCCGAACUGCCACUACUUCGUCAAUGGGAAGGAGUUGGUUCUUCGAACUCUAAAACCCAUCCAGCCUGGAGAACAGUUGACAGCUUCACUCAUCGUGAGGGCAGAGUUGUCGGCGGUCGACCGAACCGGUUUCUUGGCCAGUGAAGUAAACCAACCUUGCGAAUGUUCAAAAUGCAUUGAGGAGUACUUCUCUUCGCUUUCGCCGGCAUCCACGGCCUUACAAACCCUCAGUAAUAUCCUCCGCAAUCCUGCCCUCGAUGGUCCAACUACGUUGGCAGCCGACGCAUGGCGACCACUGAGGGGCCGUGUAUGGGACUUUGCCCUUGGAACAUAUCAUUUCCAAGAAGCGUUUGAACUGGUUGCGCGGAUCACCACGUGGGCCUACUUUUGUGCCCCGCCAUUCGAAGAGCACCCUCAUCGAGUGUAUCCUCUUAUCGUCGUCUGUUUAGCACUGAAUGGGGCACUGCGCUAUGCCCUCUCUCCAGCGAGCCCCAGAGGGUCAUUUGGAUUGAAGGAAGCCGUCGGGGAAGACGAUUUGGGGUGUGCGCUCUCGGAUUGUUGCACUCAAGCGAUCAACGACGGAAAAAAUAUUUUCGGUCCGGAUUGCUACCCAUUCAGGAAGCUGGAAGACAUGUUCGGGCUGUUUUACGUCCGAAAUGCGAAACAGACGACCUACGAAGAGUUCCUCUUCGAGUUUCGUGCCAAAUACCCGGCUCUGAUCAAGUGGUGUAGCGAUGCCGCUGUGGAUAAUGCGGAGCGCUUUGAGCAGUGGUUGACGAUGGUUCCGCUCCUUUUUGAAAAUCACUAAUCCCGCAAGGCCAAAGCCGUUGGUUGACACUCAUGUACUGCCCAUCAUUCGCUAAGAUCCACCUCAAGAAAGCAGACAGCGAAUUUCACAUGCAGUUCCCAUUCAUCUCAGAGAGACUCGGUCAGACGAGUGUACGUACUGGUAACCGGUCUGUUCAGAUACGUUUCGAGUCAGUGAUCCAACUGGUGCAGCCGGGCAACGAACUGCCAACGCAUGCUCCGUUAUCACAACUAAUCCGUUAAUCUCCAAAAAGUGCCAAGUUUCGACGAGCCAAC